UGUGGCAAGAGCUUCACCAUUAAAUCCAGCCUCACCCGGCAUCGCCGCACCCACACUGAUGAGAAACACUUUGCCUGUGACACCUGCAUGAAGAGGUUCUCCGACAAGUCCAGCCUUAUCCUGCACCACCGCACCCACACUGGGGAGAGACCCUAUGUCUGUGACAAGUGCAGCAAGAGCUUCAGUCAGAGCUUCCACCUCACUAGGCACCGCCGCAUCCACUCUGGGGAGAAGCCUUAUGUCUGUGGUGACUGCAGUCAAAGCUUCACCCAGAAGUCCACCCUUACCCAGCACAUGCACACCCAUACCAGGGAGAAGCCCUUUGCCUGCACUGACUGUGGGAAGAGUUUCACCAUGAAAGCCAAGCUCACCAAGCAUCACCGCAUGCACACUGGUGAGAAGCCCUUUGCCUGUACUGACUGUGGGAAGAGUUUCAGCUGUAAAACAGACCUCACACUGCAUCACCGUACCCACACUGGGGAGAAGCUCUUUGCCUGCACUGAAUGUGGGAAGAGCUUCACACUGAAGUCCCGCCUCACCGAGCAUCGCCGCACCCACACUGGCGAGAGACCCUAUGUCUGUGACAAGUGCAACAAGAGCUUCAGUCAUCGCUCCGCACUCACCAAGCACCGCCGCACCCACACUGGGGAGAGACCCUAUGUCUGUGAUGAGUGCAGCAAAAGCUUCAACAACAAGUCCCAUCUCACCCGGCACAUGCAGACCCACACCGGUGAGAAGCCCCUUGCCUGA